AUGAAUGGGAGCACGAACCCGCUGCUGGAUAAAGAGGAACACGUUUUAAAGCUCGGGGAGAGCUUUGAGAAGAGACCAAAAUCUGCUUUUCAUACAAUCAGAUAUGACUUCAAACCCGCUUCUAUCGACACGAGCUGCGAGGGCGAGCUGCAGGUCGGCAAAGGAGACGAAGUGACCAUCACACUGCCUCACAUUCCAGGCUCCACUCCUCCCAUGACCGUGUUCAAAGGAAACAAAAGGCCGUAUCAGAAAGACUGUGUCCUCAUCAUCAACCACGACACGGGAGAGUUUGUGCUGGAGAAACUGAGCAGCAGCAUCCAGGUCAAGAAGACCAGGGCCGAGGGCAGCAGUAAAAUCCAGGCCCGGAUUGAGCAGCAGUCGGUGCGCUCCAGUCAGCCCAGCUCUCAGUUCAGAGCUCCCACUAAACCUGGGACUGGGGUCAAGUCCUCCCCCUCCCCGUCCAAGGACAACCCCUCCCCAGAGCCACAGCUGGACGACAUCAAGAGAGAGUUGCGUGCUGAGGUGGAGGUGAUCGAGCAGAUGAGCAGCAGCUCAGACUCCGCAGCUUCAGACAACGACAGCUCCAGCAGCGACACAGAGCAGCACAGCCCGCAAGCGGCUAACGGGACCCCCAGCACCCAGCUCAUCAACACACUCCGGAACGACCUCCAGCUCAGUGAGUCCGGCAGCGACAGCGACGACGACUGA